AUGGUAAAUCCAUUGACUAAAUUUAGUAACAGUUCAACCAUGCUACUUGAAAAUUCUAAGACAAGUGAUGACAAGCAAAAUAAUUACAGGUCACAUGAACUAUCAAUUGAUACUACUAUGAAGAAUUCUUUAGAAGAAUCUGAUGAUAUUAUGAAUGAUCCUAGUAGUAAUAUUAUAAUAGCAGGUCUCUCGGAUACUCAAACAAGUAGCGUUUGGAAUAAGAUCAAUCAAGAAGAAUUAGAAUAUACAGGAGUCACUACCAUUGAGAAUUUUCUUGAGGCUGAAUUAGAUGGAGAAGAAAAUAACGAAGUUCGAUGGUUUCAAGAAUCUACCAUUAUUCGAAUGAAUACACAUUGGUAUAGAAGACCUAAUAUCUACAUGUUAUGCAUUUUAAGUUCUGUGCUAUGUAUUUCUCAUAUGCUUAUAUUAACACCUAUGAUUGAAUUAUCGAUGAGGAAGAUUUGCUUUUCAAUUUAUGACGUAGAAAAUGUCAACGAUAAAAAAUGCAAUUCUUCUGAGAUUCAAAUGAUCAUGUCCAGCAUAUCAUCAUCGACAAUGAUUAUCACAGGUAUCUUGGGGAUGUUCACGUCGGGGAAAUGGGGUCAAUGGUCUGACGAAUAUGGGAGGCUAUUUGUAUUUAGAUAUAUUGCAAUCUUCCGAUUAAUCGGGUUUGUUUUACAGAUCUACUCUGUAUCACCCUAUGUUCACUAUAAUAAAUGGUUAAUUAUUGUAGCUUCAUCGUUUGAUUCUAUAGGCGGUGGGUUUUUCACCAUUAUUGCCAAUUCGAAUAGUUUUAUUGCAGAUAUAACACCUGCUAAAGAUCGUGCCACCGUUAUAAGUAUUUUAAUGAGUGUAGUAAGUGCAUCCAUGGGGGCUGGUCCCAUGAUUGGAUCGAUCUUGGUCAAAUAUAACAGAUAUUGUCCAUUAAUUGUGGCAUUGGUAUUAGUGGUUAUAUUUAUAUUACUAUGUAGUGGGGUAGUAGUGGAACCAAGACACAAAGAAGCAUUAACCUAUUCUAAAUUGGAACGCUUACAUAGAAUACAAUCCGAUGAAAUCCAUAGAGAUAUACAGGCUGGAAAUUCAUGGGUCAAAACAAUUUACCGUCAUUUCUUACAAUCUUUUGAACCUCUAAAAAAAUUAUGGAUAAAUACUCAUGAUGAACAUGAUAGACGCAAGGGAUUAAGUCCAAGAUACACGGUACUCUUAUUAGUAUUCUUAGACAUCUUAUACAUAUGUUCUACUCAAGCCCAUUUCCCAGCACUGAUAUUAUUUACCACAUUCAAAUAUAACUGGAAAUCAGUUGAACUAGGAUAUUUCAUCUCGUUCUUAGGGUUCGGCAAGUCAUUGAUUCUUUUGGUGGCUGCACCUUGGCUGAUGUAUUAUUUGAAGAAACAUUACCCAAUCAACGAAAACCAUAUGGACCGCAUCGAUAUCCUCAGUAUUAGAAUAUCAUUUCUGUUUAUAUCUCUGGGUACUUGGAUUUUUAUCACGUUCAAUAAAUACGUUCCAUCGAUCCUUACCUAUGCUAUAUGCGCUAAUUUAGGGGCAUUUGUCCCUGCCACAUUACAAGCUACAGUUAUUAAAUACUGUGACCAGAAAAAUACCGGCUCAAUCUACGGAGCCAUUGCAUUAGUUCGUGGUGCAGUAAUGCUGGUAACCCCAGCCAUACUACUGAAAAUAUACGGGUUAACUAUCGAGACAGCAGCAGAAACUUUUAUGUUUGUCCCCGGUGUAUGCACUGUCACUGCAUUGGCCCUAUCCCUUGUUUACUUGUACGAGUAG